CUCUCGCCGCGCAGCGCAAACAUAUGUAAAUAUGUAGUUGCAUCCGCCUUCCUUCAGUAUUCACCUCCUCGUUCCCCACACUCCCCACACCGCAUCCAUCUAGCCUCCAUUCAAACUCAAACCUAAAACCCAAACUGCAACACCCCCCCUUCAAAAACCACACCUACAACCACAAUGCCGAUCCCCCUCUUCACCUCCGAAAAGCCGUCGACCUCCGAAACCGCCAACUCUCCAGAAGAGCACAGUCCUCCUCAGCAGCAGCAGCCGUCAGCACAGUCCAGCAGCGCGGCGUCUCCGCACUUCCGCGCAGCACAGGACGAGCUUGCGCGUACCCACGCCCGUAGGAUGAGCAUUGAGCGCCGCGAGCAGACGGUAGACGAGCGUGCCGCCGCCGAUAAGCUCUAUGAAGAGAGGAUUGAGGAGGAGUAUGCAAAGCGCGAGGGGGGGGCUUAGGAAACUUCGAGGAUGGGAGGGGUGAGGGGUGCGGGUGGGGGUGGGGGUG